CAGACGUACAAGUUCCCCAACCAAAAUAUCAGUCCGUUCAGUUGGUAGGGUUCUGUACUCUCGGCAACAGCUCGACUGCACAAACCACAUCUCUGCUUAUAUCUUCAUACGUAACAUUACAUCUUCUCACGCACGCAGCUGAGCUUCUCUUUUUACCAAAGAGAAAAAAAUUCAAAAAUGGGGAUCAUCUUCGUAACCUGAAGCCUUAGAAGAAAAUCGUGUCAACAUUUUUCCUAAAAUUUUCCUCCAGAACAAGAAACAAGUGAAAGAACAAUAAAGAACUGGCAGAUAUCUCGUGAAAAUUUGUCACUGACAAAGAAAAAUCGCCUCGAAUAAUUUUCCUCGCCUCUUGUUUGUGCGUGGUUCCCAUAGUGGCCGACACAAGAGGAAGGAAGAAAACAAGGAGCGAGCGAGCGUAAAUACGGAGGAAUUCAACGACCUCAUUUUCCGCCUAGUGCUCCGAUUCCGGGUUCGUGCCCCUCUUCUCACGACACGACAACUGGUCUGGUCUUCCAGUCCGGCCAGACUAAUUAGUUCCCCUCCGUCCGCCGAUAAAGAAAAAGUGACCAAACAGUAACACUAGUAGUUGUAACGUGACCCUCAUAAUCGCAUCAUGACGGUGGACUAUUACAAAGUGUUGGAAGUGGCUAAAACGUCCACCAAUGCGGACAUUAAGAAAGCAUAUCGCCGCCUUGCCUUGAAAUGGCAUCCCGACAAAAAUCCAGACAAUCAGGACGAAGCCACUCGCAAAUUUAAAGAGAUCUCUGAAGCAUAUGAAGUAUUGUCAGAUGAAUCGAAGCGGAGAUUGUAUGACCGUCGCUCCGGUCGGAGCUCGCGUACUCAUGCAACUAGAAAUUAUUACGAAUCGCCCUUCUCCAGAUAUUUUGACAAAAGGCGUCGCAACUACGAUAUGGGAGGAAGUGGAUUUGCUCCAAACGCUGGCUUCACCGGGAUGAACGGCCACUCUCGACGCUCAGGGGAUUUUGAUUUCGAAUUUUCUUCCUUCAAAUUCCGCACACCAGAAGAAGUUUUCCGAGAAUUUUUCCGAGGAGACCCCUUCGCUGAUCUGUUUGAUCACCAUUUCAACCGAGGCAGCAGAAGUCGAGGGCAUCACGGAAAUAAUCGCCACUCCACUGGAGGGUCACUUCAAUCAGUGUUCGACUCGCCAAUGGGAAUGAGUUUAGGACUGAAUUUAGGAGGAUUCGGGUUCGGAGCGUUCGACGACGAAGAUUUCUGGGGCGUUGGAGCUGGAUCAGGUGGGGGAGGAAACGUAAAGAAAACGUCAACCUCGACACGAUUCGUAAAUGGGAAGAAGAUUACCACAAAAAAAGUGACGGAAAAUGGGAAAGAAACAACAACAAUUUUCGAAAACGACAUCCUCAAAUCCAAGACUAUGCGAGAUACCAGCUACCGAUGUUAAUUAACUAGCUCAUCAUAGUUAGUAAUUGUACUGUUAUUUAAAAAAAAUAUCUCAUCUCACUCCUGUCAUUAAUUUAGAAUAAUUGAAACUCAUUCAUCUCACGUCAUGUAUCGGACAAUUACAAUCGCUCGCUUUGUUUUCCAACAAUUCAAGCUCAGCAAAUCAGGUCGUUGAGUUAUUGUUUAUAACUAACUAUUUGAACAAAAUUUUUGGUAGUGUAAAACCGUUUUAUACCGAUGGUAUAUACCUACUUACAUAAAUGUAUUAACCCGACGUAUGGUGCGAUGCUAUAGAUGUAUGGAUCGCAGUAUGCGUUGGUAAUAUGCAUAUAUACAAAGAAAAAUACGAGCAGGAGAACAAUCAUUGACCGCAUUCAUACUAACAAAACUAUUAUUAAUAAUACAAAUGAAAAGUACUAAUAUUAAUCAGUCAUAUCGCGUCGGGGAAACAUUAUUUAGAUAAGAGCCAAGUUUUAUAUCGAUAAAUAUCUCAAAAGAAAAAUACAUAGCUUAUUUGUAUAAAGAAAAGCAAAGCCUACAAUAUGUAUUCUAAUUCUAACACUCUAUACAUACACACACACUUUUAAAAAAGAUGUUUAAUUUACUACCUUGAAAUGUUGUAUUUUGAUUGAUCAGGGUCAAGCGCCUCCUUGAAUUGCUGUUAUCACCAGUUGUUGUUAUUACAUAUGUAGUAUUUUACAUUAUUUUAUUAAGUAUGAUGGUCAACAAGUACUUUUCUAAUUUAGUAACACCGUCGACGAAUUAUUAUAUUGAUUAAUUAGUUGUACGUCUGUGUGACAGAUCUUUUAAUAGGUUGUUUGUAUAGUUUGCAAACUCGAUCACUGUGAAUACUGCGAGGUAGGCAUUUAUCUAUAUUGUGAUAAUUGUAAUAACUAUAUUAUUAUUAUGUAUACUGUAACAUGGAGAAAGGGUGAGGAUUCACUCUCUACACACUGUUGGAUAAAAUCUUUUAAUACAUAGGUUACAAAUUAAAUCUUGCAGUGUUAAACAAAUACAUGUUACAAAUCGUUAUAUAUGUAAAACCGAUUAAAUGAAUAGUAAAAAGAAAAAAAGAGUGAUAUUCAUAAA